AUGGCAGCAGCACGGAUACAGCGGUGGGCCUUAAUUCUUGCAGCGUAUGACUACCGAUGGGUCUACCGAAAGGCAAGCGAAAUCCAAAAUGCCGAUGCGCUUUCACGGCUACCGCUCCGAGACAAAGCAGAGGAGUCGGAGGGCGUUUAUUUCUUUUCGGUGCUAGACGAGGCUCCAUUGUCGGCAAGGGAAAUCAGAUCGGAAACGCGUAAAGAUCGAUUGCUGUCCAAAGUGUUGUUUUUUACGCAGAACGGGUGGCCUGCGCAUGUGUCGGACGACGAUCUUUCACCAUACUUCGUUCGCCGUAACGAACUGUCGGUAGACCAAGAGUGCGUAACAUGGGGCAAUCGCGUGGUUAUACCAGCUUCGUUGCGACAGAAGGUUCUAGAAAUGCUGCACGAAGGUCACCCAGGGAUGACUCGAAUGAAAAUGCUGGCAAGGAGUCAUGUCUGGUGGCCUCGCUUAACGCUAGACAUAGAGCAAGCGGUGAAAGAGUGCAUCACUUGUCAGUUGUCACAGAAUGCGGCAGCUAGAGUGCCACUAAUGUCAUGGGGCUGGCCAACGCGUAGAUGGCAGCGAGUUCAUCUAGAUUUUGCGCAAAGGGACCAGCAUUUCUUUUUGGUCCUAAUGGACGCUCAUUCGAAGUGGGUUGAGGUGUUUGUCAUGACAACAACAACAAGUGAAAAGACAGUAGAGAAGUUGCGAGGUGUUUUUGCGGCCUACGGACUACCAGAGGAGAUCGUGACCGACAACGGGCCCCAAUUCACAUCGCAGCACUUCGCAACAUUCCUGAGCAGGAAUGGAAUUCGUCAUUCCAAAUCUCCUCCCUAUCACCCAGUUUCGAAUGGUAGCGCCGAACGGUGCGUUCAGACCGUCAAGAAGGACUUGUUUAAACAGAUACUAGACGAAGAAAGAAAAGGAGACAAGAAGUCCAUGCAACAUCGCAUAGACCAAUUUCUCUUCAGUUAUCGCAACACCCCGUCCAGCACCACUGGUGAGACCCCGGCCCAGAUCUUCUUGUCAUGGCAGCCAAGAACCAGGCUGAGUCUGCUGCACCCGACAUGGAACAACGCAUGCGCGAAAAGGGGGAGCAGGCGAAGCUCCACGCAGACCAGAAACGAGGGCCAUGGAGAGACUUUUCGGAAGGCGACCAGGUUUUGGUAAAAGGACUCCGCCCGGACGACGACAAAUGGCUGUUGGGUACAAUUGCUCAGCGGUGCAGCGCAUGCAUGUACAUCGUUCGCGUCGGAGACGAGGACCGAUACGUUCACGCUGAUAACCUGCGACUGCGUACAUUUCAGGAGAACCGGAGCUGGCUUAAGGCGGCGGGAACCGUACUGGACGGGCCGAGAGUG